AUGAAGUCAACCUUUGUUGUCGUAAGUCUUUUCGCUUUACUCGCCUUCGAGGAGGUGGCGGCAGUAAGCCAGAAUUCUUUGGUUCGCGAUAUUUCUCUGCACAAUGGCAGCGACACAGUGGAAACCUCUAUGGCGGAGGUUGGGAAGAAGAAAUUGUGGGAAGCAGUGAAAGAUGUGAUGAAAUCUUUAUUCAUGAAGUUGGGUCUCGUUGAUCAAUGUGCGGAAAAGAAGAAGAAAAAUCAAAUCCCAAGCGCGGCUGCGGGGGAUGCACCAAUCCCGACGUUCGGCUACCCUGCUUUUGACGUGACCUCGGGCGCUGCAAUCUUGAGAGGUCAGGCGCCACUUUCUUUUCUCGAGGGUCACAUGCAGCCGGUGAAGGUCGGUGCGAAGGACUGGCUGGUUCAGGGUACUGCCGACGACAUUUUGAGACUGUUCUUCUGCUUCGAACGGUACCACGUCAUAGCCGAGAAACUGCAGGCUGACGGAACAUGGAAAACCGAAGGCGAUGUCGGUCCCUUGUACGUCCAAAUCCAAUCAACGGCUAAGUACGGGGGCAGUCCUCUCGAAAUCCUCGCCGCGUAUUCCAUUGAGAAGCUCAAGGCCCAGAUUGAGACGUGGGGACCACUCGACAACGCGCUUGGGAGAUGGUGGGAGGAAGGCGCGAACGCUGUGAAGAAUGGCUACGACAUCCUUGGAACAUACAAUUCAUUGAAGGAACGCAUCCCCAGCCUCACAAAAGACUUCUUCGGAAAGACUUGGAACGACGUUGCUAAAGCGAAAGGACCCAAGGAGAAGAUGAAGGCUCUUGCUACAUUUUUUACGCUGAACGACGAGACUCGCGCCCUUCGUGAGGAGUGGGAGAACCUUGACGGUGUGGACAGGGACAGAAAGAUGACGGUCUACCUUACUUCCUAUCCGUCACACAGCCCCACUAUGGCUACUUUCGCGUUCAAAUCGAAUGUUGCCACGAUGGGAGACGUCGCAGCUGUUUUACUGGCAGCAGUGAGGGAUCCUACGGUUGACAAUGUCGUUAGGGGCCUGGGUUUCGCCAGGAGAAAAUUGAAGAAGAUGCUGAAGAAGGAGAAGGAGGAGAAAAACGAAUCAGCUUAA